UUUUUUUUUUUUUUUUUUUUUUGUGUGUGUCUUGAUACCAUAUUAUGGAUUGCCAGCAGGAUUGGCAAACAUUGUUUGGCUCUGAUGAUGAAGACUACGAUAUGGACACAACAACAACAGCAACAACAUUAACAAGAUCAAAGGAAUUUGUAGAUAUUCAAGUGGAAACAAUUGAACAGAUCCCAGGAUUACGUUUAUGGCGCAAUGCUCUUGAUCAUACACAACAAAUAGCACUCAUUCAAGCAAUCACUGAUCACAACAUUUUUGGACAAGGUAACCAAGCCAUGCGAUUUGGACAACUUGGACCUGAACUUGAAAAUCUUGCCACUUGGAUUUAUGACCACCAUCUUUUACCAUCCCAUUUAUCCCAUCGUGUACCACUGUUUGACCAAGCUAUUUACAAUUUUUAUAACAAAGGAGAAGGGAUUAUCAGUCAUGUGGAUUUGGCCAAAUUUGAUGAUGGAAUUGUUAUUCUAUCUCUUCUUUCAAGUUGUUGUAUGACGAUGAAACCUACUACUAAUCCACAACAAGCCAUACAUCAAGGAUAUUUGCAACAACAGGAACAAGAACUCGAUGAAAGGUCCAUAGACAUCAUAUUACGACCUGGUGAUGUAUUGAUGUUGAGUGGUCCGUCUAGAUAUCUCUGGGAACAUGGUAUUGCUGAAAGGGAUAUCGAUUUGGUAGGUGAAGAAAUAAUAGUUCGUGGAACAAGGAUUAGUGUGACACUUAGGAAGCUUCUACCAAUAGAUUCAUAGUUUAUUUUAUUUAUUUUUUUAUGCAUGUUUAUUAGAAAUAAAAAAACGUGAUGAUUCCUUAUAUUCUACUUUCGGCCUUCUGAUUCCGGUAACCCGAUGACAAAAAAAAAAAAAAAAACUAGCUCCAUAUUACUGUUAGUUUGUU